AUGGACGAAACGAACGCUGGGCCGAAGCAGAAACAACCCCAGCAAGCAGUCAGUUCAUUGACGAAGCUCCUCAACGAAUCAAAUUCAAAUGUGCCUUCAAAAAACUCCUCUCAAACAGAUUUACCAACUUAUGCUGAACAAAAGCUCACCAGCCCCUCUCCUGGUAUCCAGGAAACGAGUUCAGACGAAAGCGGAAUGGCUCUUCAGAUCAACCCGCCAAACACGUUGAAGCAUGCAAGUGCUCAGGUUGUAGGGGGUAGCAGCAUCCUGCCUCGGCAAAGGGCCGCGCCGCCAGUGACGAGUGUUGAGCAUGGUAUAUCUGGUACAAGCCCUGUCGUCGUCAACGGUGGCUUCGACCAAACAAAUCUGGGUCGGGAUAUCCCGUUUGGAGGCAGAUCAUAUGGCUCUAAGGAUAUCCCCAUACGGCCUCCACAGGCCAUUCAAAGUCCUAGGGUUAAUAGGACAAAUUCUGUGUCUCAUACAUCUUUAUUUGCUACUGGCGGGUAUGGAUCAGAGAGUUUAUCAUCGUCAAUUCCUUAUGUUGCUCCAGGCGGUAGGGGCAACAACAGCAACAGCAAUGACCCGACAGGCUCAUAUAAAAGCAAUAAUGGUUUUGCCAAUGGCGGGUCCAACCUUUCCAGGGCUUUGCGCAGCGACAGUGUCUCAUCGGAGUCUCUGGAUCAUGUACCAAAUUUACCCAACGGCCAACCAAUUCAGUCAAUUCACUUCCUGUCGCCGCAGGUCAACUCCAUGUCCAUAGAGCCUCGAUUCGUUAUUUCGAAGCAAAGAGUUGCUCAGGCGCAGGCACAAGCUCAGGCGCAAGCACAGGCAGCCUCGUUGUCGAGCUCGGGACGCCAAGGUUCUCAGCUGGGUCUCUCAUUCUUCUUCUCUUCAAAGAAUAAGGGAGGGCAGAAACAGGGGUCCUCCACAGACUUGGGAAGCUUCUACAAUAACGCUGCUCCAAUCAAUGAGAACGUUCCCAUUGGAACUUCUCCCUCAAGUCUCUCAUCGGCAGAUUCAGCCAAUAUCUAUAGUUCAUCAAGACACAAUUCUAUGGCCAACUUGAAGAGAUUCGUCAAGAAGAGUCUGUCCCCAGCGCAGCCAAUUCCGGUCAGCAAAAUGUCCACUUCAAUGCGCUCCACAAACUCCGGCAGUGUUCCGGCCUCGAGCUCCUUUGCUACUGCCUAUACAAACCAAUCCGGUAGCUCUACAAUUUCAGAAAGCUCAUAUUCCAGGUCUCCUGUUACAGGCUUUGCUGUUGGCUCUAGCUCCAUCAGCAGAACUCCUUCCCUAGUUCGCGACAGGCGAGGAUCCAUCAAUGGCAUCACCAACCAGCAAUCCCAGCAGUUGCCAUUCUCAAAGAGAUACAGUAAAUUUGGCGAGAACCUUGGCGCUGGCGCUGGUGGCGCUGUCAGAUUAGUAACAAGGUUGGCUGAUAAGAAGACAUUUGCUGUGAAGGAAUUCAGAGCGAAAUACCAGAACGAGACCAAAAGGGACUAUGCGAAGAAGAUCACCAGUGAGUAUUGUAUUGGCUCGACAUUGAAGCAUCCUAAUAUCAUUGAAACAGUUGAAAUCUGCUAUGAGAAUGAGAGAAUUUUACAGGUGAUGGAAUAUUGUGAUUUUGACUUAUUCGCUAUUGUUAUGUCAAACAAGAUGUCACGCGAGGAAAUCAAUUGCUGUUUCAAGCAGAUCUUAUCUGGUAUAAACUAUUUGCAUUCCAUGGGGUUGGCUCAUAGAGAUCUUAAGUUGGACAAUUGCGUGGUCGAUGCAAGAGGCAUUGUCAAAAUCAUUGACUUCGGCUCAGCAGUUGUCUUCUCGUACCCAUUCUCAAAGACGUUAAUCGAAGCUCAAGGUAUUGUUGGCUCAGACCCCUACCUUGCUCCGGAAGUGUGUGUUUUUAACAAGUAUGAUCCUAGACCGGUAGACGUUUGGUCAGUUGCGAUCAUUUUCUGUUGCAUGAUGUUGAAGAAGUUCCCUUGGAAGGUACCCAAGAUGAUGGACAACAGCUUCAAACUAUUUGCUACCAGAGAAGAAGGGAGAUCGUUAAGUGAGAUGCUAGUGCGGACGCCAGCUGACAGUAUGAACAUGCCCGAGCUUGGCUCCGCUAUUGAUGAAAUUGAAAAUGGCGAUAUUCUCGGCAACAACAGCGCCAAUGGCAAGUCUGGAGAAGGAUUAUCGCACACGUCGAGUGAAACAGGGGUCGGUAGACUCUUGCUUGCGUUGCCAGAAGACUGUCGUCCAUUGAUUGGACGUAUGGUGGAGUUGGCGCCCGCAUGUCGUAUCACCGUUGAAGAGUGUUUUCAGGAUGAGUGGUUAAGAAGCAUCAACAUGUGCACAGUGGAUGAGAGGAUCAACCACGAUGGCCUGUUUGACUACCAGGUGACGAAAGGCACCGAUCACGAGCACACCACCGUCGACCAGUCGAAAGCCCAUAUUGCCGCUUUCGACAAAAACAAAAAGAAGUAA